AUGGAGGACAAAAAAACAUGGAGUCCUGAAUCGUCAUCCAACCCGUCCGCCUACGAGGGCGACAUGGGGAGUGUGCGACGUCCAUUCACCCGCCGGCUCACCGAGUCCUUCAGGCGAGAUCCCCACGCCAGCGUCACCCGGUCGGCCUCGUUCAGCGCUGCCGAUAGGAAGGGCUAUGACGCUGAAGCGGCGGCCCAGGCGACGGCCAUGUCGCCGUUGCUGAGGCGGCUGAAGGGGCGCCAUCUGCAAAUGAUUGCCAUCGGUGGGAGUAUCGGCACGGGUCUAUUCGUGGGCAGUGGGAAGGCACUGGCUUAUGGCGGGCCUGCUUCAUUGUUGUUAUCGUUUGCUUUGACGGGCUGCAUGCUGUAUUGCACGGUACAGGCGCUGGGAGAACUUGCGGUGCUCUUCCCAGUCGCUGGUUCGUUCGCUUCAUACUCGACGAGAUUUCUGGACCCGGCCUGGGGUUUCGCCAUGGGCUGGAAUUACGCCCUGAACUGGCUGACGGUGUUACCCCUGGAGAUCGUGAGCGCGUCCAUCACGGUGGACUACUGGGUAUGGGUCAUGCCGGGCGGCGAUCGAUAUUUGGUUGACGGAGACGAGCAGGUUCAAAAUAUUUCUCUUAACGCCGCCUGGGUCUCAAUGUUUCUGGUGCUGAUUGUUCUGAUUAACUUCUUUGGAGUGAAAGGGUACGGGGAGGCCGAGUUCGUCUUCGCCAUCGUCAAAGUCACGGCUGUGAUUGGAUACAUUAUUCUCGGAGUUCUCAUCAAUGUCAUGGGCGGCGUCGACAGCCAUGGAAACCCGGACGCGAGUUACAUGGGUUUCCGCCUCUGGCACCAUCCAGGAGCAUUCCACAAUGGCUUCAAGGGCCUGUGCAGCACCUUUGUAACAGCAGCGUUUGCGUUCGCGGGAACCGAACUGGUCGGGUUGGCGGCAGCAGAGACCGAAAACCCCAGGAAAGCAUUGCCGACUGCGAUCAAACAGGUAUUCUGGCGCAUCACGCUCUUCUAUGUUGUCAGCUUGCUUCUCGUAGGCACGCUCGUCCCAUACACCGAUCCUCGCCUGCUCAAUGGCAGGAACAGCGCCGAUGCAAAAGCCUCACCGUUCGUCAUAUCCAUCCAAAACGCCGGCAUCGAAGUUCUCCCCUCCGUCAUGAACGUUGUCAUUAUGAUAUCCGUGCUCUCCGUCGGAAAUUCGGCCAUCUACGGCUCCUCGCGCACCCUCGCCGCGCUGGCGGAACAACGCCAGGCGCCCGCCUUCCUUGCCUACAUCGACCGCAAGGGCCGUCCCUUGUACGCGAUCAUCGUUGCCUCGGUGCUGGGCCUCCUGGCCUUCCUGGCGGCGACUCAAAAACAGCAGGACGCAUUCAACUGGAUGCUGGCGCUGUCGGGGCUCAGCUCGAUCUUCACCUGGGCCUCCAUCUGCCUGGCACACAUCCGGUUCCGCCAUGCCUGGACCCUGCAGGGCCACACGCUGGACGAACUCGCAUUCCGCUCGCCCGUGGGCGUCGUCGGGUCGUGGAUUGGCCUGAUCUUCAACCUGCUCGUGCUGAUCGCGCAGUUCUGGACCGGCUUCGCCCCCGUCGGCUGGCAGCACAUGACCGUGUCCGAACUCGUCGUCAACUUCUUCCAGGCCUAUCUGGCCGCUCCCGUCGUUGCGCUCAUGUACAUCGGCUACAAACUGUGGAUGAAGACGGAGAUCUUGCGAGCGCGGGACAUGGACCUGUUCACGGGCAAGAGGGAGUUCAACGUCCGCGUGCUCGUGCAGGAAGAGCGCGCGGACCGGAAGCGGUGGCCUCGGUGGAAGAAAGUGUACAAGUUUCUCUGCUGA